GCUGGGGCCUGUGAAUGUAGAAUAGGCGGGAAGGGGGUCGGGGAUUGAAGCGGUAAAUAGUAGUGCGACAUUGUACGACUCUGAAGUGUAGUCACGUCGUUAUGUAGCCUGGUUAUUGUCCAUUGUUCAUUUAACAAUGAAGGCAGAGGAGCAAAGGACAGCUAUGUCCUUCAUUGAUACCACCAUUAAGAUGAGAAAGGAGGCAAAUGCUAAGAAAGUGGUUUUGGCCUGGGGUCUGCUGAAUGUGUCCUUGGCAGGAAUGAUUUACACUGAAAUGACUGGAAAAAUGAUAAGUACCUACUAUAACAUUGCUUACUGGCCCUUGUGGUACAUUGAACUUGCCCUGGCAUCCUUAUUCAGUUUGAAUGCACUGUUUGAUUUUUGGAGAUAUUUCAAAUACACAAUGGCUUCUCCAAAUAUAACCCUGAGCCCAUCUCAGCAAAAGCUUGUAGGUGUACCUUAUUCAAUGGCUCAGUCCUCUCCACAACCGGAUCUCAUCACAAAUAAGGUUCCAGUCUCUACACCAUCUCCAAGUAUGCAGGGACAGAAUGUCCUGAGCUACAGUCCUUCUCGGUCUCCUAGCUCCAGUCCAAAAUUCUCGUCUACUUGCAUCAGUGGCUACAGUCCUCAGAUACAGGCUAUGCUCCCAAACAGUGGUAGUCCUUUCACUUCAGUUGUUUCAUACUCCUCUAACAGCUUCCCUAAGAUUACAAGUUACAGUCCUUCUCCUAGCUCUCCACAAUACCUUAGUAAUCUUGGUCCAGUGGAAAAUGGUGGUUUGAGAUCUCGCUACCGUUCAUCUCCAUCUGCUUACAGCUCUCCAACAGAUAAAGAGGAUUAUAUGACUGACCUGAAAUUACUGGACACUUUCCUACGGAGUGAAGAAGAGAAACAGCAUCGGGCUCAGCUUGGUCCAGAUGCAAGCUCAACUUCAACCAGUCCAACCUUCUGGAAUUACAGCCGUUCUGUGGGUGAUUAUGCACACACCCUACGCAAGUUUCAGUACCAGCUAGCCUGUCGUUCCCAAGCUCCCUCUGCACAUAAAGAUGAAGCUGAUCUUGGCUCCAAGCAUGCUGCUGAAGAGGUUUGGGCAAAAGUCAUAAUGAAUCGUCCGCUGCAGGACCACAUGGAUGCAUGGACUGCAAAAUUCCGAAAUUGGAUUAAUGAAACAAUAUUGGUCCCAUUGGUCUAUGAGAUGGACUCAGUGAAAACACAAAUGAGAAGACUUGGUUGUCCUGAGUUACAGAUAGGAGAAUCAAGUAUUACCAGUUUGAAGCAAGCAGCUCUAGUAAAAGCCCCACUCAUACCAACAUUACAUAUCAUAGUGCAGUAUCUGGACAUCACUCCAAAUCAGGAAUACUUGUAUGAGCGCCUUAAAGAGUUGUCACAUGGAGGAUGUAUGAGCUCUUUCCGGUGGAAUUCAGGAGGAGAUUUUAAGGGGCGAAAAUGGGAUACAGACCUUCCAACUGACUCUGCAAUCAUUAUGCAUAUAUUUUGCACGUAUCUGGACUCUCGCCUGCCACCCCAUCCUAAAUAUCCAGAUGGGAAAACGUUUACUUCUCAGCAUUUUGUCCAGGCUCCAGAUAAACCAGAUAUUUCAAAUGAAAAUGUAUUUUGCAUCCACCAGAGCAGUAUAAAUCCUCCCUACUAUGAGUUAGUCUAUCAGAAGCACAUCUACAGCCUGCCAAAGGGGAGAAACAACCUGUUUCACACAUUACUCAUGUUCCUGUAUAUAAUAAAGACCAAAGAAUCGGGGAUGCUUGGGAGAGUCAACCUUGGCUUAUCUGGAGUGAACAUCUUAUGGAUAUUUGGGGACCUUUGAUCCUUGAUGUGGCCAGGAUUUCAGGUGUGCCAACAGGGGAACCUUCUCGUCACUCUAUAAAGACUGUCGGUGUCUCACCAAUGGAAUUGUCUUGUGCAAAGCAAUAAGGGGACGUUGUAAUAGAGAAGUGGCCGUGGGAUGUAUUUCAAAGUGUAAGACUGUAAACUCACCUACUGGAUUACAUUGAUGGUACCUAAACUCUUAAUGUUUCCAUUAAGUUGCCCCUGCCUGUUUAUUUUAAAGCGGCAGGUAAAAUAACCAGAUUAUGUGUGUUAAGGUGCCAGGUUUUCAUACAGCUAUGGUAGGUUAUGCUGAUAUUGGAAAAAGAAAUAAUACAUAAUUGUAUAUUCUUGCUAUGCUGAAUGGCUUAGGGGGAGACUCCGUACCUUCCUGAAACUAGUCAAGUCACAUCAUUGAACGUUUAUGGGAAGUGCAGAUUUUGAACUAGAUUUCAUUUUGUUAAAUAAUAGUCCUGUAUGCCACUAGAAAAAAUAAAAAGACAUGUCUGAUCCAUUGCAAGAAGACUGAAAUUGUACCUAAAGAGUGAGAACAACCCCUGGAGCAGAUCUCUGUGUCUGUGGGCAUGGCCAGUGAUGCAUUCUGCUCACAAGUAGGCACUUACUGGAAACACUUAAAGGAAAACUAUACCCCCAAAAUGAAUAUUUAAGCAACAGAGUUUUUAUCAAAUUAAGUGGCAUAUUAAAGAAUCUUACCAAA